UGUUGUGGUUAGAGUAGGGAGAGAGUAGUGCUGCUGAGGCGGAGGGCGGAUCAUCGCGACGCUGACGAUACUACAGACGCCCGAGGAACUGUCAAAAAGGGAGGAAAAAACCAGCGUAGAAAACGCAGAAGGAUGGCAGACCUGAGGCUGAGCGAUGCUCUGAAUGACAGCGUGUCCCCGCCUGUUGAGGAGAAUAUAGUGCAGAGGGACUUCGUGGCCACACUCGAGGCAGAGACCUUUGAGGACAAGGUUGGGGAGACCGUGGGCAAGACAGAUUACAUCCCACUACUAGAUGACGAUGAAAAGGCAGAAACAGGUGCAGUGUUGGAGAAUGGAGAACAGAAUGCCCAAGGGGCAUCCAAAACUGGCACUGUAGGUCUAUCAGGGAAACCAGGGGAACAGAUUUCAGUGUCGCACCAGGAGCUGCAGAAGGAAGUGCAGCCACGUCUAAUAGACCAGCAGGCUUUGGUGUCGGACUUUCUGCCAGGCUCUAUGGCUGGUUUUCCUGAUCACUGGGGUGCUCAGUCUCACCCCUCCCAGAUGAUGGACACUGGCUUCAUGGGAACUUUCUCAGGUUUCCCUCAGCCAAUGGGACUGGGAACAAACAUUGAUGGUGGAAUUGCAUCACUCCAAUCAGAAAAACCUUCAAGCAUUGCAGACACCCAGCAACCACUAAUGCUGGCUACAGAGGCACCUCUAACACCUAAGAGCCCUUUGGCCUUGUCUGCAGGUGUCUUUGGUGACCGCUGGCCAGAUGAUGCUGGCUUUCCCUCUGACCUGCCCUUCACUCCCAGUGUUUCCACUGUGAUCAGUCGCCAUGCAGGCCAUCUAACAGAGAGCCAACAAGAUGCCCCUGAACACCAGUGGUCCUUCAGAGAUAGUGGUCUGGGGGAUAGGGAUGAAAGAGAAAAUGAGGGUACUGAUCACAAAAAAGAGAAGAAGAAGAAGAAAAGAAAGCCCAAGGAUGAAGUCUUUGACCAAACAGAAAGUAAGAGUAAGCUAGAAAUGCAGAGUGAGAACAUUGAUCUGCUUGAGGGAACCCAUCAGAUGUUGACACGCAAGGAACAUGAUCGAGAUGAAGGCUGGCAGCAUCAGGAUGUCAGUCGGGCUGGUGGAAGGAUCAAGAAAGGCAAAAGCCGUAAGAAGAUUCCAGAAGAGUGGGCAAUUCAUGCAGAGCCCUUUGUCCCUAGUUCACCUUUAAUGUCUCAUGAUUUUGGAACUGAAUUAACUACUUGUCCAGUACCUGGAGACAUUCAAACCUGUGGCCAAAGCCUGAUCUCACUCACUGAGGAUUACCCUGAUGAGGGCCUCAUGCCAUCAUCACUUUCCAGUGAUUUGCUUUCACUUACAGCUAGUUCUCCACCAGUACCAGUGGAAGCCAGCCUUGCAGCUCACUCAGCAGCAUCCCACUGUGAGGGACAAGGUUUUUCAACCACAAGCCACUUGUCAUCUGGUUUCCAUGAUAUGCUUAUGGAAACAGAUAGUGGUGACAUGGGCAGUACCAAAGAUGCCAUUACCCUCCCUGUGGCAUUGAAUAAAGCUGACUCUCAUGAGUCUGUGAUGAAUCCCCAGUGCUUCGUGCCCUGUGAGGGAGUCUUUGAAGAGGCCAUGUUUGAGCAAGAGCCAUCCUUCAUUGACCCAACAAUGGGGACCCAUGCAUUAGCCCCUGUUGUUGACCCCUUGAUGUCCACUCCUGGUAAAGGUGGUUUUGGAUCAUCUAUGGAGGCUUUGAUCUCAGCUCCUCCGUUCUCACCAUCUCAAACUGCUUGGUCCCUUAACGGCUCAAACCUGAACAACCAGAGCGAGGUCUUUGGUAUCUCAGGCUUGGAGGGUACUACCUAUGAGGCACCUGUGCCAGGAGCUUUACUGUCACCAAAAAGCAAAACACCAAAAGAGGCCAGGUCAAAGCAAAACAGGAAGUCCCGUUCAUCCUCAUCAAAGAGUCCCACAUCGUCUGAAGCAAAACUGCCCUCUCCACAAAAUUCUGGUUUGAAUCCUGCUGCUCCGCCAUUCUUCCCUAGCUUUGCUGAACCCCGAGAGCAUGUGACCGACCUGCCUGCCAUGCCGCAAGUCCAAACAGAGAAAAUCCAGCCAGAGGUGGAAAAAAUAGAGAGCCUGGAGAAGUCUGAUGUGUUCAGCAAAGUGGACAAGAUGGACAAGGUUGAGAAGCCUGACAAGCCUGACCAGGUGGCCAAAGUUGAAGAGGCAGAUAUAAAAGACCAAAAGGAAAACAAGGAUAGUAGUGACAAGCAGGAUGUAUUUAACAAGGUGGCCAAAGUUGAAGAGGCAGAUAUGAAAGACAAAAAAGAAAACAAGGAUAGUAGUGACAAGCAGGAUGCAUUUAACAAGGUGGCCAAAGUUGAAGAGGCAGAUAUGAAAGACAAAAAGGAAAACAAGGAUAGUAGUGACAAGCAGGAUGCAUUUAACAAGGUGGCCAAAGUUGAAGAGACACCUGUAGCUGAUAAGUCCGUUAAACCAGACAAAACUGAGCAGCCUGACAAGACAGAAAAGAUGCAUGUACCUGAAAAAACAGAUGCAAGUAAAAAGGCUGAAAAUUUAGAGCAAGUUGAGAAAAUUCCCGCUAUAAAAGCUAGUGAAGGUAAGAUGGAUUUGUCUCCAGAGAUGGACAAGGAGGUAAAGGUGGAAAAGGUAGAGUUGAAAGUGGAAACUACCAAAGUGGAUGAAGACAAAACGGAAGAGGUUAAAAGUGAGAAAGAAAAGCUUGAUCAGAAGCUAGAUGAGAAAACAGAAAAGGACAAAGCUGAGAAAGACAAGCUUGGUGAGAAGCAAGAAAAAGACAAAGCUGAAAACAAGGUUAUUGAGUCAGGCAAAGAUGUAGUCCAAAAACCAGAUGCUGUGGUAGAGACCAAGCUGCCUGAGAAGCUGGUAAAACAGGAGAAAACAGAAAAACCUGGAACGGAGGUGAAAAAAGAAGACAAAUCUGAAAAGGCCAAAAAAGCAGCACCUAAGCCUGUGGCAACUAAUGGUGCCAGAACUGCAUCAGGAAAAGAUCUGCCUAGUCCAGAGAAGAAAACUAAGCCUGCUACCACGACAACCAAACCGAGCAUGGCCAAACCUCGGCCAAGCACCGUGUCCAGUACUGCGACUGCUCCUAAGCGCCCAACCCCAGCCCCUACCUCCACAAGCACCACCUCCACUACCCUCAGCAAAAAAGCACCCAUGCCCAAGGCACUCACACCCACGGCUGGCACCAAGCGUCCUGCUUCGGCUGCCAGCCGUCUCUACACCACGCCCACAGUGCCCAGUGAGGUCAAACCUAAGACAACCACAGAGUCAUCAGUGCCAAAGUCCCAUGCUGCUCCAACCCGGUCCACAGUCUCAAAGAAUGGUACAUCUACCACAACAGUGAGCAAAACCACCACAUCAAGUGCCCCCACAGCACGGCGCACUCUGGCUACAAAGACUGAGAACAAAACAGGGGAGGAGAAGAAACCAAGUACUCUGAAGACCACAGACUCCACCAAACCAAAAUCUACAACUACUAGAUCAUCCACCAUUACUAGUAGUACCGCAACCCGCACCCGUACCACUAAACCUACCACAGCCACCAACAGCACAACCAGCACAGUGCCAGAGAAGAAGCCACCAGUACCCCGUGCCCCCCGAGCAAGCUCCUCUACCACAACAACUAGUACCACCACCAGAACCAGCAGCCGCCCAGCAACAGUUCCAGCCCCUGAUGUUAAAAAUAUCCGCCCCAAGAUUGGUUCUACAGACAACAUCAAACACCAGCCUGGAGGAGGCAAGGUCACAGUUUCUCAAAACAAGACGGAUGCUCUGGCUCAGGGCUCCCUCUCCAAAGAGACCAGCCAGGGCAAAGUUCAGAUAGUCUCCAAAAAGGUGGACUACAGCCAUGUUACGUCUCGCUUGGGUUCCAAGGACAAUAUCAAGCAUGUCCCUGGUGGUGGGAAUGUCCACAUUCUCAGUAAGAAGGUUGAUGUGAGUAAAGUGACUUCAAAGUGUGGUUCAAGGGUCAAUAUCAAGCAUAAGCCAGGAGGUGGAGAUAUAAAGAUUGAGUCUCAUAAAGUGAACUUCAAAGACAAAGCCCAGUCUAAGGUGGGCUCCAUGGACAACGUCAGCCAUGCACCAGGAGGGGGGAAUGUUAAGAUUGAAUCUUUCAAGCUCAACUUCCGCGAGAACGCCCGCUCUCGCACGGACCACGGCGCUGACAUCAUCAUCUGGCCCGUCGUGGGUGACAGCCCUGCCCACCCCCAUCUGCUCCGCAGCAGUCUCUCAUUCAACGACUCGUUGGUGACAGCCCACAUGCCUCGCUCCUCCACCACCCCUGCCCUCCUUUCAGCCUCUCAAGAGCAAGAGGGUGAUGCUGACUCACUCAACACACUUCGCACGUGACUUCAACCGCUCAUCUGUUAACCCUCAUAGCCUUGCCCCAUGGGUACACUGUUUACGUCUGAGUAUUCAGUCUGCCGAUUAGUAGGUGAAAAUGAAUUUGGCGGAAUCUAUUCACCGGCCCUUCCUUAGCUUCAUACUCCGUUUAUUCAUCUUCAGUAGUAGGUUCUCACCUGAUUUUACUCUGGAACGUUUGGUCUUAUUCAGUGCUGCAGUCUUAGAAUUUAUCUGAUUUCCCAUGAUAUAGUUAUCUGGAUAAACAUGACCUGUAUACUUGUGUUUAAACAACUCCCUUUAGAAACAUUGGGCCAUAGUGUUGUGUUGUGCCUCUUUGUCAGCAUGUGGGGCUGUCAUGUGAUCCUAAUAAGCAUUGACUACCCUGCUUCAGUAACUUCAAGUCUCAUAACUCACUCGCGCUCAUCUUUUACCGUCUUUGAAACAAACUCACAUUUAACAUACGUAGUCGGUCUCAGCUGUAGGUUUCAACUAAACUGCUCUAAAAUUGUGUUUUGUGAUGUAUUUGAGUGAAUACUGUGGCUACGAUCUAUAUGUUUGUUUGAUUUUUAUUUCCUGUUUGCUUGGAUGUUUUGAUUGUGUAAUUUGUUUUCUUCUAGUAAAGCAAUACAGCUGUCUUUGCCUAUAGGACAUAACCUAUUUUGUCUUGAAACAAAUACACAAAAGGUACAGCUUAGCGUCUCAAACACAGCUAUACACAUGUCUCAAAGUGUUCAUGGUCAGCAGAUGAUGAGGCCGGCGGAGUUUUUAGAACAAUGAAUGUGAGAAAUGACAAGGGCAUGCAUUUAGUGGAUGUUAAUUGAAGUGUGAAUUAAGUUCAGUUGAGGUGAUGCUAUUGAUUAUGUACCAGUGAUUGACCUGGUGCUGUACUUAAACAUUGGUUUGCGAUGGAAAGGGAAAGGGAAAAAAAAGCAGUCUGUUUGUGCUGCUUGUAAAAGAGAGCCUGAAUCGUUAACUACUUUUGGGAAGAUACAGAGGCACUCCGAAUGUCAGUCUGACUCAAAGCAUUUGUUUGGCUAGAUCAGUUAUUGCUUUUAAUGGUGAUUAGUUGACCUGUAAAUGUACUUAUUCAUAGUUCCACUUCCGCUACAGGUGGUUUUGGUGUGCAAAAGCGAAGCUUUUUUAAGCUUAGCUUUUAUUAAAAAGUCACUGAAGAAUUAUUUGAAAGUCACAUGUAUGUUCCUUAAGGAUGUUGGAGGCAGCAAUCCUGUUCUAGCUUAUUUCACUUGUAGCAUUUAAUCUUAGUCACCUCUGAAUAGCCUUUUUAAUGUAGUCAUAAUCAUGUGUCCCAUUCAAAAAAAAAAAAAAAAAACGUACAUCACAUAGUUCUUCGGUCCCUCGCAGCGAGAGAGAGAAAAAAAAGAGGAAAUGAAUUCUGCAAGAAAACAUCAUGGUGUUAAAUGCAGUGCUUUUUUUGCCUUAUAUUUAAGCAUUGAAGUGAGCUCAAAAACACUACAAUCAAAUAAAUUCAAAUAUUAGUUAAAUGCCCUUUAUUAGCACUAAUCACCAUCAUACUCUAAGGUUUUUAAGCCCUUAUAAUCACCAAUCACAACAAAUCAUUCAAAUCCACACUGAGAUUUAUCUCAGUAAUAUUUGCUAAAUUAAAGUGCCACUCAUGAGGAAAUCUACUCUAUACGAGCUAUGAAUGGGGAGGGGUGGCAAAGAUUAUUUUGGUUCAUGGGCAAUAACUGUUAUUUAUGUAAUAGUGAUUUUGAAAAAGGAGAGGUUUGUAGAUAUUUGUAUUUGAACUAUGAUGUGCAGCUUUUAAAUGCUCUGAGUAUGGUUCUCGUUGAGGUCUGACUUUAUUUUGUAACCUUCACCUAGGUAAUUAAAAUGUUGUGGUCAUUUUAAACUCACUUGCCUGAAUGCAGUCCUUUUUUUUUUUUUUUUUUUUUUCUUUUUUUUUUUGUUAAAUGCAGUGUACUCUGCUUUUUCACACCUAAUUGUUUCUCAUUAGUUAUUAGCACACCGCUAUAUGUAAAUAUAUAUUUAUACAUUCAUUAUUGGCGCUGGAAGAAAAAGUUGGAAAUAUAAAGAACAUUAAUCAUGUUUUAAACACGUAAACAUGUUUUAAAAGAAUGUCAAGUAUAGCUUUGGUGUGGUGUUAAGAAGUGCGCUUGUCAUUAUCUUUAUUCAUUAUUAUUAUUAUUAUUGUUGUCGUUAUUGAAAUUUACCCGCCUUUUUCUGAGAAAAGGGCUGGCAUGAAAGAAUGUUUUGUAUUUGCGUUCCUCACUUACUGCCACUGCUUUGGUAUGCUGGUUGUGGCUGUAGGUAGUGGGUUACUUCUGCAAACAACAGACAUCUACAAACUAUUAUUACAAAGGCCGUUGAGUUUCACAUAGUACCUUUCCAAUCAUCUAGUCUUAAAACAUGAAGAGCACACGGUCAUUUAUGCAGGUAUAAUGUUCAUACAGUAUCAAAAAUGUCAGAACGUUUUGAUUUACACCGUUUUAAUGAAGCUAGCUGAUAAGGGGCUGAGAGCAGAGAGUGAAAUUGGAUAUGCAGUGUGAAUUUGGCUGUACCACCAUGGCACACUUAAGUGCGUAUCCCAGAGCCACAAACAUGAAGCACACUUCCCUUGUUUGAGUUUUACUGAGGCUUCAGCAUACAACCACAAUCUUGUGUAAAACAUAUUUUGUUCAAAUUGCCCAUAUGAAAGUGUAAGAAGCCCCAUAAACAUGCUUACAUUAAAAUAUUGUACUAACAAAAAACAUACUAAGAGCAUGCAGAACAAUUGGGAUGUGUAUGGUAGCCUUGUCCUGUGCAUUUUUUUUCCCCCUCCCAUUCAUUUUGAAAUUCAGUUUAUUUUCUGGUUUGAAAGAAGUGUUAAUUGUGUUCAAUUGUUAAUUAGUGAUGUGAUAAUUAAAAAUUAAAUAAAAUAAUGUGUUUAAAAUAUUGCAAA